AUGUCGUUUCCGAAGACGCAGAGUGAAUGGCGAACUGCGUUUGAUUCACUCCCCUCUACUCCGGAGAAAAUCCCCGCUUUCUUCUUUGGGCACGGGUCCCCGAGUCUCAUUGCCGGGCAGGCCUCGAACCCAGUUAUGCUAAAAGCCAUGGGCCCAGAGGGCGAUCUCGCCAAUUUUUUGCGUGAUUUCGGCCCUGCUUUGAGGGCCAAGUAUAAGCCGAAGGGCAUUGUCGUAUUCAGCGCUCACUGGGAAACCAUAGGGGUACGUCACGUGACGGAUUACGGAGAUAGGAAUCCCCUUCUCAUGGACUACUUUGGAUUUGAACCCUAUUUCUAUCAACAAAUAUUUGAAUCUAAAGGAGACCGCGCUUUGGCCGAGCGCGUUGUGCAGUUGUACAAAGAAGCAGGGAAAGAAGCCAAGCUCUCCAGCGUUCAUGAGAGCCGCGGGUGGGAUGGUCGGACAUCUCCUCCUCGUCCAGGCCCGGGAUUGGACCAUGGCGUCUUUGUCCCUUUCAAGUUGAUGUUUGGGGACAAGAUCGACGAUGUGCCCAUAGUUCAAGUAUCCAUCGAAAAUUCUGAUGACCCACAACAGAACUGGGCAGUCGGAAAGGCUGUGUCGAAACUCAGAGAAGAGGGGAUCCUCAUCUUAGCAGGCGGUCUGACUAUCCACAAUCUUCGUAAUCUAAAGCAAUUUGCAGAGCAGUUGGCGUCACCCGAUGUGCAGAUGUUUGAUCAGGCAAUCACAAUGGCUGCAUCCAAGUCUGAGCUUGACGACCGGAAGCAGUCCAUGUUCGACCUCAUGAAGCACAAUGGUUUCUCGCAGGCGCACCCCUCCAGCGAGCAUUUUGUUCCGCUGUACGUUGCAGCGGGCGCAGGUGAGGAGGGGGGUGUUCAGGUCCUCAGCGCCAUUUAUGCUGCUCCGACUAUUGCAUUCGGCGUUUGA